GCCAGACCGAUCGCCGAGAGACACCGACUCGGUGCGAUCCGACUUUAAAAAUUCAGAGCCGGAUUUUCCGGAAAAAGCAAAGAAAAUAGAAAAUUCGAAAAAUACGCCUUCUUUUUGAAAAGAAAAUCGGCCUUUUUCUCUCACCGUCGAUGGUCGGGCGGGAUCCGUUUGGCGGGAAUCAGCUGUGAAGCCGUCGUCGGCUGUGAACCUUUCUUCGGAUCGACCUUGAAACUCGGUACUGUCCCGACAGUCUGGUCCCUGGUCCGUCCUAUUUCGCUUUUUCCGACUCGACCCUGGCAGAAUGGCACCAUUGCCGUCGGAAGCCGCCCUGGACAAAAGCCGGAUUUAACAGGGAGGGACUCGGGAGGGUGUGGGACGCCCCGUCGAUCGCUUUCCCGUCGCCGAAAAAUCGUCCUUUAUGGUUUCUCGUGAUAUUGGUGUCAACUGUCUUCUUCUGAAAGCGCCGGAAAAUGCCUUCUAAGGACGACCAAGACGCGGAGCUGGACCCAGCAGACAGCGCGAUAAUAAAAGAGGUCUACGACAAUGAGAACGCACAUGAGACUUUUGGCGAUGAACUGGAAAGAGCUCUGGAGCUUGGCUACAGGAUAAUAAUCAUAGAACCGCCCAGACUUGGUGACGAGACCGCACGAUGGAUCACUGUCGGAAAUUGUCUUCAUAAGACAGCCGUCAUCUCAGGUCUAGGGGCUGUAUUAUUUGGUUUAAUGUGGGAGGAGUACCCAUUGGCGUAUGCUCCGCUUGGUGCCGUUUCGUUUUUCUGCACCGGUCUUUACACGGUGUCGUGGCAGUUUGACCCUUGCGUUAAAUACCAAGUGUUUCCUGAUUCAAAGCGUCUUGCGAAACUGCCACUUUUCAAUGCGCUCUCUUCCGCAUCGCCGAUAGUCCUCAUCAGGAAGAACGACUCUAGGCGCAAAAUCCUCCACUGCUCUGUGACCCUGUUAUCGACGGCGUUCUGCACUUGGAAGCUUUACAAACUGUUCAACAACUGAAUACCUCCAGGUUAAAAAUAGCUCUAGCGGCUUCAAUCGGUCGAAGAUGAAAUUGUGGCCAUUCGAUGAAACCAGUAGUCUUUUGAGGCCCAGAUAAUAAAAUAGAGGAAAGCA